AUAUCGAAUCUGGCUGGCGGUUGCUUUUUGGACAAUUUGGGCCGGAAAGCAUGGACAUGGGCUAGAGUCUGUGAGCAAGCAACUGCAAGAGAGAAUGGAGUCAGGACGGAAGUCUUCGAGCCCAGCUCGGCAAGCUGGACCGAGCCCGUGGUGAUCCUGGUAAAAGAGACGUGCAGAAGUGGCGGCGCGGGGAGAUGCAGAAUAUGGCCGGACGUGGUGAGCGGGAAAGGCGCCCAGAUGACCGCGCUGGGGACGGGGUGGACCAUCUGCUCCGGCGUUCGGGCGAGGUGGCGGUACUUUCCGUGGUUCCUCCUACUACUCCGAUCAACAGCAGUGGAAGCGCAAGCAAGACGAAGGGGGCUCUUCGACGACUGCUGCUGCGACUAAGACAUCAAACCAAGCUGACAAGGUAAACUCUGCUUCUCCAGAUGCGAGCGGCAAGAAGAUUAUCUGUUUCAAGUGCGAUUGUGAUGGACACAGUGCUAAAGAUUGUACCACAGAGGUGCAAUGUUUGAUUUGUGAGAAGAAUACCCAUGUUGCUUCACGUUGUGUGUGGCCAACCCAGGUGAAACCUAUCAUGCAGCCAGUCGGUGUGGGAGCUCCUGAACUUGGGUACUUUAUGGCAGUUAAUGUUCGUGCUCCAAAACAACAAGCUCCGACUUCUUUGCUUGGUCUGAUUCGUUUGGUCAAAGGAAAUCUGCUUCCUUCUAGUCUACAGGGUGGUCUGGACGCUCUUUUCCCUGAGGAUUGGCAGUGCAAUGUGGUACCACAAGGGAAAGAUUUCCUUGUGCAAUUUCCAUCUGCUGAGAAGCUCGCUAUGCUGAUUGAUUUGGAAGAUUUCAAACUGAAGGGGACCACAGCUUAUAUUAAAGUUGAGAGAGCAGAAUCUGAAGUCAAGCCAAAGGGAAGAAUGCACACUAUUUGGGUGAGAGCUGGUAAUGUCCAUCCAGAUCUGAGGAACUAUAAAGGGAUAUGUGAGGUUGGAAGUUUGCUUGGUGCAGUUGCAGAAGUUGACAUGCAGAGUCUGAAUGAUUUUGGCAUCAUUAGAUUCAAAGUGCAUGUUAAGAGUGUACAGAAGCUGCCAAAGAAGCGGGAAUACAGCAUACCUCCUUAUCUUUUGAUGUGUUCUAUGCUGUAGAGAAGGUGGAAGUUCCUGGCUCUCUGACUGAUACAUAUAUGGCUAACAAAAGGACCCCAGAUGGCACUCUAAAACUGCAAGGGAUGGAUGCAAGAAGCUAAGAAGCAGAAGCCAUCUUCUGAGGUGGGCAAAUUCUCAAAGGCUACAGGGAACACACUAGCAGGAGAGCAUUCCUGUGUUGAUCUAAUAGAGAAGCCAGCUCUUGUUACUGCCACUAUUGGAGAGGGAUUUGCAGGGGGGCUAACACAACAGGAACAAGAUAAGAUUCUUGCUACUCAAGCUGCAGAGCAAGAUCAGCAGAAAUUAACAGAGCUACCGGAGGAUGUUGAUGAACUGGGUGAAGAAUUAGAGGGUAGUCAAGAGAGAGUUCAACUUUCUGAGGAGGAGCUGAUUGACUCACAAGACUCUUUUGAAACAAAGGUGGAUAAUAUUCUUGGAAACAAGGGAAAAAUUUCUGAUGUCAAAGAAAAGGCUAAGGAGAACCAGAAAGAACUGGAGAAGAUGGACAAGAAGCUGAUGCCAACAAGGAAGUGUGAGAGGCUUAAGGGACAGGAAGAUGCUGACAGGACAAAACUUGCUAUGCAGAGAGCUGAACAGAAGAAUUCUAUUCCUGGAGCAACUAAUGGUGAAUCUGACGAAAAGUGAGGUUCGUCGAUGUUUUUUGGGUCAUGUGCUUACAUUACAAC